ACGUUGAUUCGUCUAAGAUAUAAAACUCGUGAAGAUGGCUAGGGUUUUGCAAAUUUUGGUCUGAGCAGAGGGUAGCAGCUGAAAACCGAAAGCCAAGGCGCCACACACCCCGCGCGAACUCCACAGCCGAAGAACAAUGGGGCGUAUGCACAGUCGCGGUAAAGGUAUAUCCGCCUCGGCAUUACCCUAUAAGAGGACCCCACCCAGUUGGCUCAAGAUCUCCUCUCAAGAUGUGGAGGAAAACAUUUGUAAGUUUGCGAAGAAGGGUCUGACACCGUCACAGAUUGGUGUCAUUCUUCGUGAUUCUCACGGUAUUGCCCAGGUCAAGAGCGUUACCGGCAGCAAAAUCUUGCGCAUUCUCAAAGCUCAUGGGCUUGCACCUGAGAUUCCAGAGGAUCUUUACCAUUUGAUAAAGAAGGCUGUUUCAAUUCGCAAGCAUUUGGAGAGGAAUAGGAAGGACAAGGACUCCAAGUUCAGGCUAAUUCUUGUGGAGAGCAGGAUUCAUCGUCUUGCUCGCUACUACAAGAAGACCAAGAAGCUUCCCCCAGUUUGGAAAUAUGAGUCAACUACUGCAAGCACUCUGGUUGCAUAGAGAUUCAUCACCUGGAGACAAUUAUGGCUGCUGCUACCUAGUUGUUUUACAUGCAAGAUUUGUGUUCUUCUCAGUGUGUGUGAUUGAUUUAUGGAGUGAUGUAUGGGAAUGUUUUAGUGAGGAGCUAUCUAUGCCAGUUUCAAAGGGGUAGGCAGAAGUAAUGUUUUAAUUUCAUAGACAUUUUCUUUCCCUUUUUGUUAAUUCAAUGGAUAAUAAUAUCUUUCUAUCUUUAGAUA